AUGAAAGUGCCACUCCUAAUUGUCCUAUUCAUCCUGGGUUGUGCAGAAGCGCAAAAUAUCACAAAUAAGGCAAUGAGAACUCUGUUCAAAUAUGCCAAUACUAAUGCAACUGAUAAGCUAACCACUGCCUUGAACAAAGACAAUACAAUAGCAGCUAAAAUUAAAAGAGUAACCACAUGGAUUGAGACAAAUUUGGUCAAGAAAGGCGCCACAGUGCCUAAAGGAGCCAUUGAAGGGAACAAAACAGCAAUGAUAACGAGAGUGAAGGGAUUCUUAAAUCAAAGGGAGUCACUUCAAAAGCUCAUCAACAAGCUAUGCGAUGCGGUUAAAACAGUGCUAUCGGCAGCUAAAGUUAACGAGAUGAAAAAACUUUUUUGGAAUAUUGACAAAGAGCGAAACAACGACCUGCAGUUGACUGAACCUGAAUUCUACAGUAAUGUUAAUGCAGUGAUACCUAAAAAUAAGCAAAUAGCAGCACUUACAAAAAUGGACACUGCUAAAAAGGACUAUCUGUCUAAGAACCCAACAGAAGCGAAAAAUCUACAAUGGACCUUCAAAACAGCAACUUCAGGAUAG